AUGAACGGCAAGUCUUUUGGAACUUCAAUCAGCCCUUGGGCCCUUGAGCCUUUUGCGACACGGCCGCCCACAAAGGACGUACCAGCGCAGCCUUACCUGCUCGACCACAAAGAAAAGUCAAGCUACAACAUUGCCCUCAAAGCCGAGGUAUUGGCGGACGGGCAGACCACGACGGUAUGCAUGGCGCAGCUCAGCUGGAUGUAUUGGACGUUUCGAGAUCUUGUAGCGCAGCAGACGAUCAACGGUUGCAAUCUCAACACGGGUGACGUUUUGGCUACGGGUACGGUGUCGGGUGCUGGCGACGACGAGCACGGCUGUCUGCUUGAGAUGACCAAGGGUGGCACGGUGAGUUGGAAGACAUCUGACGGUCAAGAAAGAACAUAUCUGCAAGACGGCGACGGAGUGCGCAUGAGCGGCUAUGCUGGCGACGGCGUGGGGUUCGGCGAGUGCAUCGGAUUCAUCUCUCCCGCUCGGCCAUUUUGA